CCGUGAAGGCGGCAGGAGGAGGAAGGCGGCGGCCGGUGCCGCUGCUGCUGCUGUUGUUGCUGCUGUUGUUGCUGUUGUUGCUGUUGUUGUUGUUGCUUCUGCUGCUGCUGUUGUUGCUUCUGCUGCUGCUGUUGUUGCUGUUGUUGUUGCCACUGCUGCUGUUGUUGUUGCUGUUGUUGUUGCCUCUCUGCUGCUGCUGUUGUUGCUUCUGCUGCUGCUGUCGCCUCAGCUGUUAUUGCCUCAGCUGUUGUUGUUGCCUCUGCUGUUGUUGUCACCUCAGCUGUUGUUGUUGUUGCCUCUGCUGCUGCUGUUGUUGCUGCUGCCGCUGCUGUUGUCGCCUCAGCUGUUGCCUCCACUUCUGCUGCCGCUUCCACACAGCAGACACCCCCUCCCCCUGUACGCAAGCAUGGCGCCGCUGUUGGCCUUGCUGCUGCUGCUGCCGCUGCUGCUUGUGCCGCUGCCGGUCUCUGGCGGCCUGUACGACCGCAACGACCUCGUGGCCGUGCUGGGCCCCGGGGAAGUGUCACCCGCACUCCGCAACUCGUCCGCAGCCUGGGUGGUGGAGUUCUACGCCUCGUGGUGCGGUCACUGCAUCCACUUCGCGCCCGUCUGGAAAGCGCUCGGCGCAGACGUCAAAGAGUGGCGUCAGGCGGUGAUGCUUGGCGCCAUUGAUUGCGCCGAGCAAGCCAACCAGAAAACCUGCCAGGAGUUCGAAGUUCGCUACUACCCCAGCAUUCGGUUUUUCCCACCCUUCUCCAACACCACGGACGUCGGUAAAGAUCACUCCGACCGGGAGCGCACCGUCCCGGGGCUGCGACGCAAGCUCGUGGACUUCCUUGAGAAGCAGGAGGCGUUCAGGCCUUCCCUCGCGGCCGUCAACGAGGCCGAGGUGGAUUCCCUGCUGAAGGGGAUGGAAGGGGGACCCCUGGCGGGCGGCUACCUGGCGCUGGUCUUCGAAGACGACACCUCCUACGUGGGCAGGGAGGUGGUGCUGGAUAUGUUUGGCUACAGACCUCUGGUGGUGCGGCGAGUUCGCGCGUCCCGGGAACCCGGCCUGGUUCAGCGCUUCAGCGUCACCGACCUCCCCUCGUGCAUCCUCAUCCGUGGAGAGGGCGGGUGGGAGCGGCUUGCCGUGGCAUACCAGGUCCGGACGUUCUACACCUACGCGCUGCGGCAGCUGCCUGGGGUGCAACGCAGCGCGCACGAAUCCAGCCAGACGCUCCUCCCCAAGCCGCAGGGACGACUGGAAGCAGAUCCCGAGCAGACCCCCUGGAGAGAAUUUAACAGCUCAUUGGUGUACAUGUCCGACCUGGAGUCGGCGCUGCACUACUCUCUGCGCAUUGAGGUGGCCAAUCACCGCAUCCUGGAGGGCAGUGCCCUCAGCGCCCUGAAGGAUUACGCGCACGUGCUGGCCAAGCUGUUCCCCGGCAGGCCGGCGGUGCGCAAGCUGCUGGAGACGCUGCACGAGUGGCUGGAGAAGCUGCCGUUCAAGCGGCUCCCGUACGACGCCGUGCGUGACGUCGUCAACAACGAGAUGAAGAUCCCUGGAGUGUGGCUGCCCGAGGGGGUGCAGUGGGUAGGCUGCCAGGGCAGCCACCCCCACCUCCGUGGCUACCCCUGCUCAAUGUGGACCCUCUUCCACGUGCUCACGGUGGAGGCCGCCAGGCUCCAAGACCAGCUGCCAGAGCCGUGGGGCCCCGUGACGGUGCUGAGCGCCAUGCGUGCGUACGUGCGCGAGUUCUUCGGCUGCCGGGAGUGCGCCGUGCACUUCGAGCUGAUGGCGCGCGGCGUGGCGCGCUCCGUCAAGAGCUGGGACGAAGCCGUUGUCUGGCUGUGGGCUCGGCACAACCAGGCCAACCGCCGGCUGGCAGGCGCCAAGAGCGAGGACCCGCGCUUCCCCAAGGUGCAGUGGCCCCCGCCGUCGCUCUGCCCCGACUGCCACAGCACCCAGGACGAGGGGGAGCACGCGUGGGACAAUUCGGCCGUGCUGCGGCACCUCGCCAAGCACUACGGCCGCGACAACAUCUCCCCCCUCUACCAGCGAUCGCCGCCGUCGUCGUCGUCGCGACCGCAGCAGUCGCACGGAGACGACCAAGAAUGGCUGCAGCAGGUCAACGAGGCGGACGGCGUCUACCAUCGCCGCAAUCAAACUUCGCCGAUCCGUGACGACGGCGACGACGACGUGAAGGAGGAGGUUGCCGGGCAGGGCCAAGCGGUGGCAUCGGAGGAGGAAGCCGACGACCGGAUCGACGCUGUUGGGCGGCACACCCAGGCGAGACCACCCCGGCUUCACGCGAGGGACCUGGGCUUGCGGGCCGAGGCGGGCCUGGCGGCCGUGGCGGUGGAGGGCGAGGGCAGGAUGCAGACUCGCCGACAGCGGUGGGCGGCGAUGAUCGGGCUGGGCUUCUCGCGGGUGGACAUCAGCCUGUGCAUGCUGCUGUACUGCAUGUCGGCCUCGUGCCUCCUCGGCAUGUACGUGUUCGUGCACAGGCGGAUGAAGGGCCGCAGGGGCAAGUGUGGGGGGGGCGGCCCGCGGGUCUGAGGGGCUCGCUGACCGGAGCCGGCGGUGGCGGCGGUGGCGGCGGUAGCGCCAAAACCGCCGCCGCCGCCACCGAACCCGAAACGUUCCCAACGCCAACCACAACCCCCACCCCCCAUCGCCCUCUCACCUUCGCAUCGUGUUUACGUGUAUAAAAUAACUGAGGGAGGAAAUCAAAGUAUUUUUUUAAAGUUACGUACACACAAAAAAAAGUAAGACUUUUAAACCACUGCGGCAAACCAAAACUUGCCUAAAAAAAACGACGAGUGGGUCGGCAACCAGUUGAAUCGGCGUACAAAAUGCGGAGAAGUCCAAACUCGCACGUACAAAUACGUGGGUACAGCCAACUUAAUUUUUUGCCAAAACGCUGCCGGAUCAGGGCCUUGCUGGCACCGCACGGGCCGUGGGAAUUGUUCGCCGAUUGCCUCGCCACGCUUGUUGGCGCUCGUUGGUGCUGGUUAUCGGCGAAGGCGGGGGGGGGAGCAUAGAAACGGGUGCGUGUCGUGUACCACUACAGCGUACUUUUUCUGCACUGGCCAAAACGUAGCAGACUUAGGGGGUAGGUGGGUGGGGGAGGGGGGGCGUAUUUUUUAAAGGUGACGACGUUUUUGAUUUGUUCAUCCCCCAGAAACAAAAAAACGAUAAUCAGUUUCCAGAUUUGUAAUCGUCACCAUUGACCUUGCAGCAAUUCUACUGUCUUUCUCGUUCCCGACGCCGGGAGAGAAAUUAAGCGAGGGCGCACUUUCCAAUAGCCGUGCGCGCGUGUAGCAGACGGAUGGUUGUGUGCAUGCCGAUGGUUUUAUUGUUACCCCCCCCCCCUUUGAGGGAAGUCCUUUAGUGUCGGCUAGUAGAUCGGUUCCUAUAGUUGAAAGUUGGUAGAAUCCUGCAAAUUUCUUUUAGGCCCCUCCCCCAAAUGUAAGCCACUUGCGCCAUCGUUGCUACGUCCCGAGAUGGAGAAUCGCCGUGCGUCACAACGGACCCCGCAGAAGGGGUUCUUUAAGAGAAUCCUGAAAAAGAAUCUUUAAAUCCGCUACUUUAAUCCUCUUCGCAGGCGGUUGCAACAUUCCCACGAUCUGCUAUGAGAUGGCCGAAUGACGGUCAAAUUAGUUUUAAUCCUUCCAGCUGGAAAUUAUCCAAGUCAAACUUCGUGCGAUUUGCAUAUUUUUUGUUUGAGUGUGCAGUCGCCGAGACCGCCGGGCUCGCUUUACUUGAGAUUCUGAUUGUUACCACAGGGCAGUGGCUGAAACCGAGAUUUUAAAAACCCGGUGAUCUCAGCGGCGGUGGCUCGGCGCGUUGACGACAUGCGAGCCACCUUAACCGCCUCCGAUCCUACUGAUUCUUUUUUUUUAAGUGUGUGUGUGUGUGCGCGUCCGUGCGUGCGUACGCGCGUCGUUGUAUGGAGAAAUUACAACGAGCAGCUGUCAAAAGUGGCACGGCCCAAGGUGAAAAGGGAAAACGAUGCCAUGAUUUUUUUUUUUUACGGUUCAACGGCCGUGCCAAGUUUAAAUCGCUGGAGCGCAUGCUCCAAAAGAUAGAUUGCCAUACCACUGCCACACCUAUUUCAUCUCGACAGCUUCUUUUUAAUCCGUAUAAACCUGAUGACGUCUAAGCAUUAUAGGCAAAUAUGGCAAAUCCGACUUAAUCGCGAUUUCUUUGGCAGGAAUGUCACGAUGCUCUCCCAACAACGGGGCAAACCGUGUUUUUGGCCAUUUCGUCAAAGUGUGAGCCCCCGAGCUUUUAAAAGAGAAAAAAAAAACCGAUAAGCUACUUUUAUUUUACCCAGUUAAGGCUUGGGAGUUUACGAACUCCGCAGGUGGCUCUCCCCAUGCUGUAAGAACUUGAGCUUUUAAUGGCAGCGAUAGCAUUGUGUAAAGCGAGAUGGUACGCAAAGGGGAUGAAGAUACGUUGACAGAUUUGACCAUCGCCGGAAAGGAUUGAAACGGCUCUAUUUUGCACUCCACCAAACAAGCCAACAGUUACGAAAGGGGGCCUCAGCAGCAGCGGAGAAAGGUUCCGCCCCAGUGCGUUCCAGUCUCGGGUGACAACGAAUCGAGAAACUGGGAUACGUUGCCACUGCCGGGAAGUGGCUUAGUCAGCGAUGGUUUUCUCCACUGGAUUUUUCUCUCUCCCCGUUUGUCAUUAAUUUCACCUUCUGCACGUUGUCCCGCAACUCCGAUUGUCAUGGUUGGCUACGUACGGUGCGAAAGAAUUUCAACAUACACGCACCCGAGACUGGAAAGCCCCAAGGUCGUCCUUAAGGGCUGUAUUCUCACUUGGUGAUGGCUUGGCUCUGCCUUGGCCUCCUCAGUGCGGCUAAGCUGAGGCUUGAGCCACUCCAUUACUGCUCAAAGUUGUUUCGGCCAUGGCUCAGAGCUGGCUCAGAGCUGUCUCAGAGCUGUCUCAGAGCUGUCUCAGAGCUGUCUCAGAGCUGUCUCAGAGCUGUCUCAGAGCUGUCUCAGAGCUGUCUCAGAGCUGUCUCAGAGCUGUCUCAGAGCUGUCUCAGAGCUG